AAAAUGUUGACAGAUUCAAUCACAGGUUUCAUUUGUCAGUGGCGAGCACACAACAGAAAUUUGUGCAUCAAAAAUAUAUUUUUUUUUGUUAUGAAACAAAACAAACGGCGUAUUUUCGCUCAACAAGUUGUGAAAAUUUCACAAUAAAACCGAUUGAACGUCCGGUAAAUAGCAUUGAUAAACGGUGACAAAACAUCAAUGGGAAGCUACAAGUGGAUGCUUUAUUUUGGUGAAUAAUCAUCAACCUAACCUCUUCAGUUCAACAUUCAAAACAUUGUGUAUUUGGCCGUUAUUAACAAUUUCAUCAACAAAAUGUUGAAGUCAUGGCGAAAUUCGGCACCAAAAUCAAUGAUAUCUGUGAUUCAAUCGCAAUGCAGCUACUGUUCGAGUAAUGACGAUGAUGGUAAGCGUGAAACGCGUGAACGAAUGCUGCGUAUUCGUUAUGAGCAGAAGCAAUUGUUUGGCCGUGUGAUUCGGAACAGUGUUGAUUGUGCGAAUGUGUAUACGCCUGCGCCGCAUUCUAUUGAGAUUGAUCAAGUUAAAAUUCCCCGCAUCCAAAGUGAUAAUGAGUGCAACGUACCGGUAUCACCAUAUGAUCAGCCAAGCGAUGCGGCUCAAGUGCCUGACAUUCGAUUGGCAUCGCCGGAACAGGCGAGUGAAUUUCAUUGGCUGUCACAACGCGCACACAUCAAAAUAUUAAAAGGUAAUAAAGAUAGCAAAAAGAAUUCACCGUCAAAGAAAUCAGGAUCAGCUGCACCGGAGGAAGGUACAAAUUCGGAUCGUUCCGAUGCAUUAGAUGUAAACAAACCCGAAUCACAUACAACCAAAAUGAGUCCAGCCCGUGUCAUAAUAUCAGCAAAGAAUUUGCUGCAACAAUUUGUGUUGAAUCGACGCAAUGACACACCAGCUAUCCCAUUCGAUGAAGCCGGUUUAAAGUCAAUCGUAAGCUAUCCACUAAUUUGUGAGAAACGAUCGCCGACCCAAGUGCAUGAAUUACUUGCCGAUGUUUCAUUGCGAUUGCCAUCAAUAAGCAAAAUAUUGCAAGCAACUAUGCCCGUUUCGGCCCGAAUCGCAUUACAAAAAUGGAAACUAGGCAAAAUUGAAGAGCUCGGCAUCGAUGGUUUCAAGAAGUAUGAAAAAGAGACACUCGCUAGAGGAAAAAACUUUCAUUCGGCUAUAGAGAAUUUUCUUAGCCAAGGUGAAACACCGCCAGAUGACUCGCCCAUCAUUAAAUUGUGGCAGAGUAUUGACAGUAGUUUGAAUCAAAUUAAACCGAAAUCAGUACUUUUGGAACAGCCCAUCCUGCAUGCCGAUCUCAAAUACAAAGGAAUCAUCGAUAAUGUGUCGCUUGUUGAAAACGAAUUAUGUGCCUUUGAAUGGAAAACGUCUGAAAAAUCAAAACCGCGACUAGCCUCAACCUACGAUGCCCCAGUUCAACUGUGUGCAUAUUUGGGUGCACUAAACGCUGAUCCGCGAUAUGAUCUAAUGGUGAAGAAUGGAUGCGUUGUUGUGGCUUAUGUAAACGGUGAUAAAGCGAAUGUGUUCAAUAUGUCUGAAGCUGAUUUGCGAAAGUAUUGGCUAAUGUGGCUUCAGCGAUUGCAAGAGUAUUGGAUACGUGUUCGAGAUGGCACAUUACCUGAUCCCAUUUAGCAGUCAUACUUACAGUUUUGCUCUUCCAUGGGAAAAGUAUCUACGACUCAAUGGAUAUUUUCUUUUGUCAUUGAAAUAUCUCUGCCGGCGUCAAAAAUAACUCUUCAAAAAUUGAAGUCAUCAAGAAAAAAAACUGUCUUUCGAGCUCAAGCAAAAUGGGCAUUAUCCUCACCCGUUACUCUCAUCACUCAAGCCAAAUGUCCGAAUGCAUAAAUAUUGGGAUGAAUAAACCUGGAUGACAAAUUAUCUUGUUCACCACUGUAGUUAAGUCAUAUUAUUGUUAAAUUGUACUGGUAUCAAUUAUCAAAGAAGAAUGUCAUGGAAUCGAAGAAGGGUAGAAAACCCAUAGAAGAAAAAAACAAUUGUUGAAUAAUUCUACUACGCUUCAUCGCAUCAGAUUGAUCGAUGGAAAAGGGUCGCUGAAAAUGUAAUAAAAACCAAAUCACAAAUCGAA